UAUGAAGAAAAUCCUUAAACCCUAAAACACAAAUAUCCCACUAAAAAUCAAUCAAAAUCCAUCUUCAAUCUCAUGCAAUCCCCUUUCCAUAUCCCCACUUCAAAUCCCACUUUCAAUUUCAGCUCAAAAUGGCAAAAACACAAUAAAGUUCAAAUCUUUUUUCCAAACCCCUGUUUUCCAAGAUUCUCAAAACCACCCCCAAAAUCUUUGAAAACUUCAUUCCAAUUUGAAUAUGAAGAAGAAAAAAUGGAAAAACAAGUUGAGCCCACUUUACUUCCUGUUGUAAUUAAACAAUCUGAUGGGUGUGUUUCAAGGUAUUUUUGGGAUGGUAAUGAUUUAAAACUUGUUUUUGUUGAUGGUUUCGAUAAAUUCGAUGAUUUCGGAGACGUGUUUAGGAGAUGUAAGAUGGGUGUUAGGAAUUUCUUGUUGCCAAGAAAGAUUAAUGAGAAUUAUUUGGAGUAUGUGAAAUGGAAGUUUUUGCAUAGAGUGUUUAGUUCUGCUCUUCAGGUUCUUGCUACACAGGCAAUGUUUAGGGCAAUUGGAAUUGGGUAUGCUCGUUCACUUCCAUCUGCAGCAGCCCUUAAUUGGGUUUUGAAAGAUGGUCUUGGACGGUUAAGCAGGUGCAUCUACACGGCUAGCUUAGCGUCGGCUUUUGAUACAAACCUAAAGAGGGUUAGGUUCUUGACAUCGGUUGUUUUCAGUUUGAGCAUUGGCCUUGAGUUGAUGACUCCUGCUUUUCCACAAUACUUUUUGCUUCUUGCAUCAAUAGCCAACAUUGCUAAGCAGAUAAGCCUCGCAUGUUACCUAGCAACUGGUACUGCUGUUCAUAGAAGCUUUGCAGUAGCCGAUAACCUUGGUGAAGUUUCUGCCAAGGCACAGAUUCAAACAGUUUGCUUUGACAAUCUUGGUCUUAUGCUGGCUGCAGCCUUGAAUAUCAUCUUAAAGAACAACCAAAGGUGGCAAGCAGGUUUGCCCUUUGUGGUAUACCCAAUUUUCACUGCCAUUGAUCUGUAUGGAAUAUAUCAGAGUUUGAAGCAUGUGCAUUUGCAAACAAUAACAAAGGAUAGGCUAGAGAUUAUUAUAGAUACAUGGAUUCAACGGGGAUAUGUCCCGUCACCAGCAGAAGUAAGUAAAAGGGAAGGAAUCAAUUUUUUCUCGACCAAAGAUAGGCUAAAGUGGCCCAUCAGGAUUGGUUGCUUGAAUUCCAGAUUCCAAAUACCAAAAAUAUCAAUGAUGACAAUGCGAUCUUUAUGUAAAGACGAUUUCUACUUUGUAUGCACGGAAAUUUGCUUCUGUGGCUUUCAAAAAAGAGAACAGGGUAUUCUUCUCUCUAUACGUGAAGGAGCAACGACUUCAGAUAUCAUCAUGGGAUUCUUACAGGCGUGCUACAUCCGUGAACGGCUACUUUGCAAUAUGAAGAAACCAGGAAUUUUAGAAGUUUAUGACAACAAUUCACAUCAGAAUAUCACUAACUGGUUUAAUCUAGCAGCCGAGUGUAAGGAAUCUGCUAGAGAAGGUAUGAAGUUGCUAAAUGAAAAGAUGGUUGAAAUUGGUUGGUCUUGUAAAAACAUUUUGUUAAGCACAAAUGAGCAAACUCGAUUUAGUUUUAUAGAUGACUAAAUUUACUUCUUA